UAAGGGUUCCUUCCUUCAUAUCUCACAUUUGAUCUCCUCCUCUCAUAAGAUUCCUUGAGGAGUUUCUCUUUCUCUCUCUUCUUCCGCCGACGACGAACAAACCCUAGGGUUUCAAAUUCAAUUCGCUUUCUAAUUUUUUGUUUUCCAAUUCAAUCGUAACACCGCCAAGCGAUCUAUAAUCUCCAGAUCUUCAAUUGAUAGGAUCUAGAAUUCACAGAUCUGUCGAUUUUUCAGCGAAGAAUUAUUUUUAGGGUUUCUUCGAUUCGAAUCGUACUUUGAUUUGAGAGAGAAAAGGAAAAUCAAAGGAAAAAAAAGACGGGUUUUAAUUUGGAUUUUGGGUGUUGUAGUUUGUAAUUGGUAUUGUUGGGGAAGAUGGCUCGAUGUUAUCCAUACCCGCCACCUGGGUAUGCUGGGAAGUGCUCAAGCCACGAGGCCUUGAUCUUAUCGAUUAAGCUCCAAAAAGAAAAGGAGAAGGCAAAUGCGAACAAGGAACUAGAGAAGGUCAUUUCAGAAAGGAAAAAGUCCAAAUCAUCUUCAGAUAAGAAGAAAGGCAAAGAAGAUAAAAAAGAGAAGAAGAGAGACAGAGAAGACAAGAAGAAGGACAAGAAAAGCAAAGAAGAACGGAAGAAAGAGAAGAAAGAGAAGAAAGAAAAGAAAGAAAAGAAGAGAGAGAAGAGGGCUAAGGCCAGUGACCCUGCUGCUGAAAGCGGGAAGCAAGAUUUUGUUGAUAAAUUAACUAAACCCGAAAAUGUGCUGGUCGAAUCUAAUGGGAAGUUGCAGAAGACAAAUGCUGAACUGCUGGAGAGGAGUAGUGUUACUGAAGAACAUGGCCAGCCCAUUGACACUCAGAAUGCACCUUGCUCUUCUGAUAGCACUGGAAACAGUGGCAAGAGAAAAAGGUCAAUGCCAUCUCCUAGUGGCAUUCAGAGCAAUGGAAACAUAAUUAGAAUUCGGUUGUCAUCAUCAUCUCAAAAGAGAGAUGAACCUAGUACAUCAGGAAGCAAAGGGCAAGAAGUUAGUCAGCUCCCACAGGCAAGAGAAGACCCUGUCUUAUUACUCAGCCAAGUGUGGCCUUGUGACAGCGGUGCAACGCAAGACACAUCCCUCAGACAGAAAGAUGUAGUCUCAGAAGCUCAAGGUCUACUUCCCUGUUCUACUUCCACUAGUACUGCUACUUUACAACGAGUUUCAGCAGAAGUCUCUGGUUUGAAAUCGGAAGUAUCCCAGAAGGGUAUUCUUCCAUUGCUUGACAAGGUCAACACAUUGGAGAAACUAUCAUCUCAUGACAGAAGGAUGCAGAAAAAAGAAUCAACGUUUAAGCAAUUGUUUGUGGAUUGGGUGCCACCUGCUCUAGAAAUGGUUGAAGAAGAUGACGAAGACUGGCUUUUUGGUAAGAAGGAUGAAGACAGAUCAGCCAAAAGAUUGAGAGCCAGUAAUGAUGCUCCAAGCCAGGUUGACAAUCUUCCUUGCUCGGCCUCUGCUGUAAUGCAGCCACGGGCCCAUUACUUGGCCAAUGCAGAAGUAUAUGCAUUGCCCUUCACUGUUCCGUUCUAAGCUCAACAUUUUUCACUCCAGUUAUUGUAUGGUAAACGACGCUAGUACUUGGACUGGUUGAGCUUUCCUUCAGCUCAACAUUUUUCACUUGAGUUGGUGUAUGUUGAAUCUUGAAUGAUGCUAGUACUGAGACUGUAGCUUUGUUGCAUUGCUGCAGCUUUGAAGAGGGUGUGUUUAAUAUCUUUUGGAGUGGUGGAUGAGAUAUCAGACUCACACAUAUGGAGUACAAUGAUAGGGUUUUGGAAAAUUGGCGGGGAUGGUUAAAAUUUUGGUGUACUAGUGUAGGGUCUGUUGUUUGUCCUGAUAUUUUUGUUGGUUGAACUGUAAAUAUGAUCUACUAAUAUGUUUGUCCAUUGGACUUACUAAUACAAACAUUAUGAUUGACAAA